CUGCCAGCAGAGAUUUGGACAGCGCUUUUUGCGGUCGCAGUAGGGACAACAGACCUCACACACGGCGCGCGUACACACAGACACAGUGAGACGCGCAAACGAAAAAGAAAAAUCUCUUUGUUUCCUUUAUUAAUCUCCACAGCCUCCAGCAGGCUCAUGGAGAGCGGAGCCCUCCUUGUCCGCACCAGGGGCAGGUUUAUCGGAUGCCUUUCGCCACAGCAGCGCCGUUUGUUUUCCAUUCAGGAUUAAUUGAUUGACCAAUGGCUCCAAAACAUGUGCUCCUCUCCGAGAGCGGCAGCAGUGACCCCGAGAUUGGAGGGGUAAAAAAUAAAGGAGACCUCCACUCUUCCUCUCCGAGGGCAUGGAUCCUGAAUGCGGGGAUGGUAGCCGCCUGUUCGCCAAGUAAGGGGAAGAGGACGCGAGCGGUGUUUGGGAUGCUGGCCCGGUGGUUUGUGACCAUCGGCGCGGUGCUGAUGCUGAUGCUGCAGAGCUCCUUGGCCGCUGACGCUGACGCAGGUCACCAUGAGUCAAUGAGACGGGCUGUCUUGCCUUUGGACCCCACAGUGCCCUCCAACAUCUCAGCCAUCCCCAGGACUGGAGACAGAGCUGGGGCAAACGACAAAGUUGCUCGACCUGGACCUGGACAUAGAGCCAGACCCAGAGCUGAACCCAGAGCCUGGCCUGAGGGUAAAGUGUUUGCUGAAAUAGAAGCAGGAAUCCAUGCCCGGACAGUUGAUGAAGUCCUUGCUGAGACUGGAAUUAUGACGGGAACCGGUACCUGGGCUGAACUAAGGGCUGAAUUGAGUCCAGUGGAUGGAGAGGUGGAUGACCUGCCAAGCAUGCCCAAGGACCCAGCUGCCUGGAUGGGGCAGCAGAGGCUGCAGGCGCAUGAAGAGAGCCAAAGAGAGCAGGCAACCAUCUCAUCAGUCCCCACCAUACUGGCAGAGAGAGCGGAGCUGCAGGCACCAGCGUUGAAAAAACCUUUAGGACUGCUGUCUAAAGCUGCUUGGACCACCAAAAGCUCCUCUUCAUCGUCAUCCAAGGCCUCCUCCUCAUCCUCCUCCUCAUCUACAACAAAAGCAUCCUCUUUGCCUUCUUCCUCCUCUUCCUCCUCCUCUCUAGCUAGUAAAAGAGACAGUCAGACAGCAAGAUCAGACAACGUCUCUCUGAAUGUUGUCAACAGCAACUCCUCCAACAGCAAUAGCAGCUCAAGUUUGGAAGAGUCAGUGAGCAGCCUGCCAGCCUGGGAUCUUCCCACUGUCCCCGAGUCACUCCUGUCCACAGUGGGCGACCACGACGUCACACUUCCUGCCAACAUCACCAGCCCUUUCUCCACCCAUCAAUGGAACACCACCAUGCCCGUGCGCACCAGAAACACCUCACAGCACACAACCACUUUAACCACCACCAUAAACACAUCUCUAUCACCCACCACCUCAACUUUACCACUAUUCACCACAGCAAGAGCACGAACACCAUCAGGAUCCACUACUGUUUCUCACACCACAAGCCAGGACACUGUGACCAAUGACAGCCUUCUGCUGACUACAGUAACCGCAAGAACGCCCUUAAUGACCACUCUUACUGUGACCACCGCUGAGAUGAUGACACAGGCGGUGACCACUGGGAGCGCUGUAACAGUAUCACCAAAUACCACAGCUGCUACCACCACACAGCAAACAACAAGCCCCAAACUGACCACAGUGGCUACAACUCAGCCUACAACCACCACUACAACCACACUUGCCACUACUACCACCACUACUAUGGCCCCCCCUACCACCACCACCACUACUCCUCCCCAAACCACCAUCACCACCACUACUCCUCCCCCAACCACUACGACAACUACUACACCUGCAACUACCACUACUACUACCACUACAACAACAACAACAACAACAAAGGUACCUGCCACCACUCUGUUCAUCCCGAUGACGUCACCUCCCAUCACGACCACUGAACCUCCGUCCAGUACAAGCGCAGAGGAAAGUCCUCUACCAUGCAACCUGACCGAGAAGUACUGGGUCAGAACAGUUCUGUCCAUUGAGCUGCGUAGGAACCGGCUGGAUCUGAUCCUGAAACAGAACCUCUCUAAAGGACUGAGCCAUGCCCUGCAGAGAGCCCUGAAUGACUCCACAGCCUAUGCACAGGUGGAACACGAUGAAUGCAGCCCACACAACGUGACGUUGGGUUACUACGUGACUAGCGGCAAAACUGUCUACAUUACCUCCUUGGUGGUUGAGGCACUGCAUGUUUACGGUUUUGACAAGCUCCUCUCGGACAUCAGGCAGCACACCCCAUUGGUUAAGGCAGUUCUGGUUCCUGUGGCAACCUGGGUGCCCGCUCCAAGCAUUCACUUGCAGCUGAAAACAGUGUUGAGAUUCGUCGGCCCAACAGAUAACAUCUACUCCUGCAGUUUUGUCCAGAUGUUGGAGCAGAGGAUGGAAAACGCCUUCGAAGAGGCUCAGGACAAAGUGCUGGAGACAUACAACAGGCUCACUGUAGAGAUCCAAAGUGUUUCCCAGGACCCAGGCUCUCCAUCAGUCUCUCUGGUGUAUGUGGUGAAGAACCAGGAUGCCAUUCUCAACGGGACGAUCUCCAGCGGCCUCCUCAACCAGCUGACCGCAGAGCUGGUGGGAUACUUUCUGUUCUACCCACCCAUGGUCAUCGCUGAGCGUAAGUAA